AUGAUACCCGUUACCGCUCCGUACGCAGCCCUUCUGGGGGUCUGCCUGUUGGGGUACUUUGUCGUCUACCCCGUCUUCGAGUACUUCCGCGAUCCCAAGGGUCUCCGGAAAUACCCCAACCUGACGCCGCUCUCGGGCAUCUACAACAUCCCGUUCAUGAUGCUCGCCCACACGGGCGCCCGUUCGACGCACAUGGUUGAGCUCCACAAGAAGCACCCCGUCAUCCGCAUCGGCCCCAACUCGCUGUCGUACGGCGACGUGCGCGCCAUCAAGGACAUCUACGGCCACGGCACCAAGUGUACCAAGGAUGGCCAGUACCAAGUCACCGCCGGCUCCCACUUCCACCUUGCCGACGUCAUCGACAAGCCAGACCACGCACGCAAGCGCAAGGUCCUAUCGGCAGCAUACGCACUCAAGAACCUCGAGGAGUGGGAGCACAAGGUGGCGGACAAGACAUCCCGGCUCGUCAAGCAGCUUGACAAGCGCUGCACGGCGCCCCUCCCCAAGGGCCAGGUCGUGCCCGACGCCGCCGACAUCACCGUCGACUUCCGCAAGUGGGCCAACUUCUUCACGCUCGACGCCAUGGCCGACAUCGGGCUGUCCGAGAUCCUCGGCUUCCUCGACGCCGGCGACGACCUGAUCACGUGCCGCCGCCCCGACGGCACCACCUACCAGUGCCACUUCCGCGAGUGCCUGUACGACAACGCGCGCAAGCAGUCGUACAUUGUGUGGUCGUACGACUGGUACAAGGUGCUCGACAAGCUCACCAACCUCAUCCCCAAGUACGGCCGCAUGGGCGCCAACGGCAAGCUGUGGGACGGCAUCCCUCCGGAACUGUCCCGCCGCCGCCUCGAGCGCUACGAGCGCGGCGAGAAGCUCGACGACUUCUUCCAGGCGCUGAUGGAGGACAAGAACGGCGGCGCCAACAACCUCGAGUGGGGCGAGAUCGUGGCCGAGGUCUCGAUCAUGAUGAACGCCGGCACCGUCACCACCGCUAUCGCCAUCACCAACGCCCUCUACCACCUCAUCCGCCACCCGCAGGCCCUCGCCAAGGUCCGCGAGGAGCUCGACGUCGCCCUCGACGACGACGACGUCGUCGCGCCGUACGACAAGGUCAAGCACCUGCCCUACCUGCGCGCCUGCCUCGACGAAUCCCUCCGCAUCACGCCCCCCACGCCCCAGGGCCUCCCGCGCGAGACGCCGGCCGAGGGUGCGCAGGUGUUGGGCGACUGGAUCGCCGGCGGCACGAGCGUGGCGAUGUCGGCGCUCGUCGCGCACCGCGACGAGAAGGUGUAUCCGCAGGCGGACAAGUUCAUCCCGGAGCGCUUCCUCGGCGAGAGCGGGAAGGCGCUGCAGCCGUACUUUAUCGCCUUCUCCGCCGGCGCGCGCGGCUGCAUCGGACGGAACAUUUCGUACCUCGAGCAGGCGGUCGUCGUGGCGACGAUGGUCAAUCGGUACGAGUUCGCGCUGCCGAGCCCGAGCUGGGAGAUGCAGCGCGAGGAGACGAUGAAUUGGCUGUUGAAGGAUAUGCCGGUGAAGGUGUGGAGGAGGGAGAAGGAGGUUAAGGCUUGA